CUCCAUUUUGUUUUUUCUGAGCUGUAACGCGCAUUAAUCAAGAUUCUCUCUCUCUCGUCUGUCGAUCUCGAUUCCGUGAUCCGUCUCGUUCUCUUUCAAUGAUCCUCUCUUCUUCCCCGAGGUGUCUCCUCCACCAUUUCCACAAUUCUAUCUCCCUGUAAGACGAACGAUUACGGUUUUUUAUGUUUUUUGGGUUGGUUUCUCAUCUCUCUUUCUCUCUCUCCCAAAUCUCCAUCUCAAUCUCAAAAUCAAACCCAUGCCUUAUCGUCUCCCAGAUCUACGCCUAACCCACUUUCCCCGCACACUUCUUCUCAUCUUUUUACCGACCCGUAUUCUCUCCCUCUGCCUAUAUAUCUCUUUUCAGGUUUAGGCGGAAGCCGAAGCCCACUGUUGAUACAAUGUCUCCGUCGGCCUCUGUUCGACCCGAUGACUUACUCAUCGACCACUUCGACCGAUUACCCGACUCCCUCCUCCUCCUUGUCUUCAACAAGAUCGGCGACGUCAAGGCUCUCGGCCGCUGCUGCGUCGUCUCCCGUCGGUUCCACUCCCUCGUCCGCCAGGUCGAAAACGUUGUCGUCCGUGUCGACUGCGUCAUUUCCGACGACGAUUCCACCACUUCCUCUCCUUCCUCCUCCUCCGACAAAUCCCGCAACCCCUUCUCCAAUCUCUUCCGUUUUGUUUUCUUUGGCACCAUCGUCAAACCCUUCCAGUUCUUGAACCAAUUCCUGGGCGGCCCCAAGAGACCGUCUUCUUCCGGGUCGUCUUCUUCCUCGUCGUUGUUCCUCGCUGAGGAUGGUGAGGUCGACCAGUGCGGCGUCACCCACCACUCCCCGACCCAGGUUCUCAAAAACUUUAACGAGGUUCGGUUCCUUCGCAUCGAGCUCCCCAGCGGCGAAUUGGGCAUUGACGACGGCGUUUUGUUGAAGUGGAGGGCCGAUUUCGGUUCUACUCUCGACAAUUGCGUCAUUCUCGGCGCGUCUUCGGUGGUCUACUCUUCGAAGAGCGCGUACGACAAUGAUGGAGAUGGGUUUUGUACCAAUAACAAUGGAGGUGGAGGUGACGAUAACGGAAGCAUUCCGGAGUCAUUUUAUACGAAUGGGGGCCUCAAGCUACGAGUCGUUUGGACUAUCAGCUCCUUGAUCGCGGCCUCGGCAAGGCAUUACUUGCUCGAGCCGAUCAUUUCGGAGCACAAGACUCUUGAUAAUCUGGUGCUGACCGAUGCGGAUGGGCAGGGCGUAUUGUGUAUGAACAGGGAUCAGCUCGAGGAGCUGAGAGUGAAGCCCUUGUCGGCUUCGUCGUCAUCAAAGAGGACGCAAGUGCCUGCGCUUAAUAUGCGCCUUUGGUACGCACCGCACUUGGAACUGCCAGGUGGGAUGGUUUUGAAGGGGGCGACGCUGGUGGCGAUUCGUCCCAGCGAGCAGUCGGCGGUGGCAAUGUCGAGGAAGGAAGUUUCGGAUGUGUCAUGGGUUUCCACGGCUUUUGAGGAGCCAUACGGCACUGCGGCAAAGAUACUGGUGAAGCGGCGGACUUACUGUCUUGAGAUGAACUCCUUCUGAUUGUGAGCAAUGGGAUCUGAGGGAAAGCGCAAUCACUCAAGACAUGUUUUUGGCAAAACAGGGAAUUAGAAGACAAAUUUCCUUGUAUCUGGAUUUGGAUGCCAGUCCAAAUCUUGCAUUGGACUGCCAAGGAAACACCAAUCCCCGGUUAAAAUGCAAGCAAUGCUAGUCUCUCUCUCCUUUCAUGCUUAAACAGAUGGUGGAAAUGCAUCUUCUAGUUGUUUUAAACUAAAGGCAUAUACUUGUAAAAGGGUGCACUCGUGCAACUAGAAUGAUGUUGUAUGAUCUUUCAGUUUGUAGUCUUUUACUUUCCUUUUUUCGCAUCUGUAUGUGAAUAUUGCUGGUGCGAAUAUGUCAUGCUUGUCAUAUACUUUAUACAGAAAUGUACUAUCCUUCUGCUUCGUUCUAA